AGGCACCUUUACGGUCCAACAUGGCGGCCCCCGUGUGCUGAGAGGUCGCUACAGCUCGAUGUUACGCUGUUACUCUUUCUAUUAUAGUUUGUCACCUCAUUUUCCGUUAAUUUUUGGUGUGCGAUGGCGACAAAGGGGAGCGGGCUGCAAGCCAAGGUGAGCCGCAUGCUGAGCAAGGAGUUCGGGAAGCCUAUUCUGAAACCUAACAAGCCGCUGGCGCUGCGGAACGAGGUGGCGAAUAGGAAACUGCGACAGGGAGAGGCCUCCUGCCUGACGGAGAUGUCUGUGAUGAUGGCGUGCUGGAAGCAGAGCGAGUUCAACCACGCUGCCUGUGCCCAGGAGGUGCAGGCCUUUCAAAGGUGCACGGCCCUAGCGCAGGCAGAGAGGAAAGCUCGGAUGGGCCAGGAGGACAGUGGGCAAGGGGGCCGCCUACACCCCAAGCAAGCCAACAUCCUGCUGAAGCGACACCCCAACCUGUACCGUGAGAUCUAGGGGACCUCCUGUCUACAGGGAGGCAGGCAGACCUCCCCUCACAGCUCUGCAAGCAAAUGACAGAAUCAUACCAGAAUUGUGAGGUGGUGUAGUUGAGACUAUUGACCAGCCUCAUUUGACCUGGAACUUGAGCCAACCUGGAUUCGAACCCAGUCCUCCAGAGGUGACAGGCAGGAGAACGAGAGGCUAGUGAAUUAGUAGAACUGUCACAGGACAGUUUAGAAGGGAAGUACAAAAACAUAGGAGUGAAUGUUUUUCUUCUUUUUUUUUUUUCUUUUUUGUUGCUGGUCCUGAUUGAAUUUCUGUACACAUCUGCUAUUUAAUACAUCAUUUCAAUUGGAA